AUGAAUGAGAAUGAAGAGAAUGAAUGUGUGACGGAGGAAGAGAACAAACUUGUGGAAAAGAGCCUUUAUGGGGAGUACCGGGAACACCCUGGCGGUUCCCGCCGGCGAGAAGCCACCCGACUGCUGACUGAGAGACAGUGGAAGAAACACGGACAGAAACACGGACAGAAACACGGGCACCAUCACCAUGGACACCAUCACCACAGACGCCACGGGCGAAGCCAGAGUCACAGCCACGGCCAUCACCACGGGAGACAUCACGUGGAGUUUGACACGGAGGACGCCGCCGAAGCGCAGGAGGCAGAGGCCGGCCAAACGACGUCUCUAAAGAAACGCCGUUCUUACACGAAAUGUAGAGACUGUGUGGCUCGUGUACAGAGGUUCCUAGUUACCAAACUGGGUGAAGACUGGAUCUUUCUGGUGUUACUGGGUAUAUCAAUGGCGCUGGUCAGCUGGACGAUGGAUUAUGCGAGCGCCAAGAGUUUACAAGCGUAUAAGUGGGUUUACGGGGAGCUGAGGGGAAAUGUCCUACUGCAGUACCUGGUCUGGGUCUCCUAUCCAACGAUGCUUAUAAUGUUUUCCUCCUUUUUCUGCCACCUGGUUGCUCCUCAAGCCAUUGGCUCUGGGAUUCCUGAGCUGAAGACCAUCCUAAGGGGUGUCGUGCUGAAGGAGUAUCUGACACUUAAGGCAUUUGCUGCCAAAGUUAUUGGUCUGACCGCUGGGCUGGGCAGCGGGAUGCCAGUGGGAAAAGAGGGUCCGUUUGUACAUAUAGCCAGUAUCUGUGCAGCUGUGCUCAGCAGGGUCAUGUCUGUCUUCUCUGGAGUCUACCAGACCCCGUACUGUUACACAGACAUCCUCACAGUCGGUUGUGCUGUGGGGGUGGGUUGCUGUUUUGGGACUCCUCUUGGAGGGGUGUUGUUUAGCAUUGAAGUGACUUCCACGUACUUUGCUGUGAGGAACUACUGGAGGGGUUACUUUGCUGCCACGUUCAGUGCCUUCAUAUUCAGAGUCUUGUCUGUCUUUAAUAAAGAUUCAGUCACCAUCACUGCUCUCUUCCGCACCAAGUUCCGAAUGGACUUCCCCUUUGACCUGCAGGAGCUGCCGGCAUUCGCCGUCAUUGGUAUCUCGUGUGGGUUCCUUGGAGCCUUCUUCGUCUACCUUAACCGCCAAGUUGUUCUUUUCAUGAGGAGACCCAAUGUCCUCACCCGUUUCCUCACUAAACAUCGACUGAUUUUCCCUGCUGUUGUGACCUUAGUGAUAACAACAUUGACCUUCCCUCCUGGGUUUGGGCAGUUCAUGGCUGGAGAGCUAAUGCCAAGAGAGAGCAUCAAUUCUCUCUUUGACAACUUCACCUGGACCAAAAUCUGGGGCUCCCCUCCACCUCCUGGCCUUGGCCGCUCGGCUGCCUGGUUCCACCCGGACGUCAACGUCUUCAUCGUAUUACUGCUCUUCUUCAUCAUGAAGUUUUGGAUGUCUGCCGUCUCUACCACGAUGCCCAUACCGUCUGGAGCCUUCAUGCCCGUCUUCAUCCUGGGGGCGUCGUUUGGUCGUCUGGUGGGGGAGAUUAUGGCAGCACUCUUUCCUCAUGGCAUCCUCUUUGACGGGAUCCUCUACCGAAUCAUCCCAGGAGGGUACGCCGUCAUUGGGGCUGCUGCGUUAACAGGUGCGGUUACUCACACAGUCUCCACAGCUGUAAUCUGUUUCGAGUUAACUGGUCAGAUCUCUCAUAUUCUGCCCAUGAUGGUGGCGGUCAUCCUGGCAAACAUGGUGGCACAGGGGCUGCAACCCUCACUCUACGACUCCAUUAUACAGGUCAAGAAAUUGCCCUAUCUCCCUGAGCUGGGCUUCGGCCACAUCAGCCAGUAUAAUAUUUUUGUGGAAGACAUCAUGGUUAGGAAAGUGAAGUUUCUCAGUUCAGAGUCCACAUACAGAGAGCUAGUGCAUCUUCUCGAUUCAACCUGCCUCAAAACCAUCCCUCUGGUGGAUUCAAAAGAGUCAAUGAUCUUAUUGGGCAGCAUUGAGAGGCCCGAGCUCCUUGCCCUCAGUGAUUGGUGGCUGUCAGCAGAUAGGCGGAUCAUGCUGCAGGGGCAGGGCUUACAGGGUCAAGGGUCAUGUGCCAAGGUUAGCUGGGAAUCCUUUGCCUUUGUUGAUGAAGAGGGUGAAGACAACGAGAUUGAUAAGGGACCGACUGCACAGGAAGAACGAAACGGCCCUUUGCAGACCCCAAAACAGCCUGAGCCAACCACGAAUCUCUCGUCUGCCGAUAAGGGUCCUUUCCAGUCAUUUAGGAGAACAUUACACAACCUCCUCACGUCCUCUUCAGACAAACACACUGAAGGUCAGAUACAGGAGCCUACCCCUCCUCCCUUAACAGAUACAAUGACACCUGAAGAGAUCAAAGCAUGGGAGGAGUCAGAAAUGGACAAGCCACUUGAGUUUGAUCAGAUCAGGAUUGAUCCGUCCCCUUUCCAGCUUGUGGAGAGAACGUCACUACACAAGACCCAUACCCUGUUCUCCCUGCUGGGCCUCAGUCACGCCUACGUGACCAGUAUAGGAAAACUAGUGGGAGUGGUGGCUCUGAAGGAGCUUCAGAAAGCCAUUGAGGGCUCCACACGGAGUGGAGUGCGUCUCCGCCCUCCUCUGGCCAGUUUCCGGGACAGCGGCCGAAAGUCUGCCAAACCUCCUCAGAGCCCCUCUGCUCCUUCUUCCCCCACCUCCUCUGUGGCUCCCUCCUCUCCAGUGUCGCCUACUGCGUCACCUCAGGGACGCCUGUCCCCCCCGCCUCCCCCGAAGAAGGAGGAGAUGGAGGUGUGGAUCGAGGGCGUGACGAGGGAGGUGAUUGUGAAGGGCAGCAGCACCACCACCUGCUCCAGCAGCAGCGGAAGUAGCAGCAGUGAGGCAGGAAGCAGUAACAACUCCCCGGCCCUGUCUCACUCCUCAGCUCCCUCUGCGCACCUCCCCAACCUGCAAACCGUCCUCGAGCACCAGAGAGGAGAGGACAGGAGGAGCUACGAUGACGAGGAACCUAUUUAG